AUGUCGACAUCUCCUCCACUCUACGCUGUGGCCGACUUUUGCCUCAUUCCUGUGGGCACACCGACAACCUCGGUCGGCGAAUAUAUCACAGAAUGCCAGCGAGUACUUGAAAGCAUGAAGGAUCAGGGCAUCCGCUACGAAGUUCACGGCUACGGUACCAACCUCGAAGGAACCUUUCCUGUCGUUUGCAAGGCAAUCGAGCUCUGUCACGAAGCUGUGCAUCGUCUAGGCGCUCAGAGGAUUGCCACCGACAUCCGUAUCGGCACAAGAACGGACAAGCCUGCUCCCACACAGCACGGUCAAACCGAGAACCAACGCAAGAAGCAGAGCGUUAUCCAGCGUCUUUCUCAGCACUGA